CGGUUGCAUUUUAAUCGAAGACGUGUCGAACGAGAGUCAAACAAAAUUUCGCGGAAAUGCAGAAGCAAGAUGAUUCCAAAGGGAAUGCCAUAGAAGCGGAGUUACUUCCAAUCGACAUUUACUACAACAAACUUUUGGAUUGGCUUUUGGACAGAAGACACUGUGACGUGAAAUGGCAGACAGCUGUCUUGGAGAUAAGAGAGAAAAUUAAUGCUGCUAUACAAGACAUGCCUCCUGUAGAUGAGAUCUCACAGCUUCUUUCUGGGACAUAUAUAAAUUAUUUCCACUGCAUCAGAAUUGUAGAACUGUUGAAAGUAUCAGAGUCUGCAACAAAGAAUAUUUUUGGUGGUUACUCAUCAAAGAGGAUGAAGGAUUGGCAGGAAAUUGUGAAGUUAUAUGAAAAAGAUAAUGUGAACCUAGCUGAGGCAGCUCAUCUGUUAAUUAGGAAUGUCAAUUAUGAGAUCCCCUCAUUAAAGAGACAAAUAGGAAAGUGUCAACAAACUCAAAGGGAGUGCACAAGAAAGGAAAGUGAAUAUGCUUCCAAUGCAGCAUUAUUUAAAGAAAAAUAUCAAAGUGUUUGUAAACAAAUGAGUAUAAAGGGAGACAAUGUGAAAUCAGAGUUGUUAAGCCUUCUGGAUGAAUUACCUGAAAUAUACAAGGGGAUCACUGCUGCAGUCAGCAGUUUGAAAAACACAACUCACUUUUAUGAGACUUUUGUCAACUUUUUAGUUCCCAGUUACAAUAGUAAUAAAGAAACCUCGCAGUUGACAACACCACUUAUAAGACACAUUCAACAACAUGGCAACAGCACAGUGUACCAGUGGAGGACAGGCAAGACCCCAUCGGUUGUUGUUCCAGACAGAAGACCAGAAAGUUCAAGUGCAGAAGUUAAAAAAGAUGAUGGAGAGAUUGAUUGGGGUAAUGAAACCAUCUCCGUUACCAAUGUUGGGUCUGACAAUGUUGAUUGGGGGGAGGUUGGUGAGGAGGACAUAGGGGGGAUAGACUGGGGAGACAGUGGUGACACUAUUGACUGGGGUGAUGGUGGACAAACAAAUGAUGAUGGUGACAUUGACUGGGGAGGUGAUGGGGCUGCUGAAAAAGAACUAACGUCGAACAUCGGUGGAAUCACUCUGGAAGGAUCUGGACAAGACGAUGAAGUUGUCAGUGGAGCAGAUGCUGAGACAUUACUGGAUACAACUCAAACAAGAAACAUGUUAAUUGAUGAGCUGUUGGAGCUUCAAGGAUUCCUCCGACAAAGAAUGAUGGAAAUGAAGAGUGAUUCUGAUGUGCUGUCAGCUAACCAGUUUCAGUCAGCUCCACAGCUUAUUCAGAUGCAGUCUGUAGAGUCAGUGCAAGCCAUGGAAUCAGCUGUUACUGAUAUUCUAUCAACAAUCACUUCAAUGAAGAUGCACAACCUGUUCUUACUGAAGACCUCUCCAAGAUACUUGGACCGCUUAGCAGAUUCUCUGCAGCAAAAACUUAAAGUCUCCGAGAAGUUGGUGGCGUCCAUUAAAACAAUGGCCGACAAACGGCAGGCUGCUUCCACAGAGCAACAGGACUUGGAACCCAAGCUGGAAGUUAUCAGAAUGAAAACAAAAGAGCUACAAGUACAGAUUGCUCAAGAAAUUUCCAAGAAAUACAAGAACAGACCAGUCAAUAUUAUGGGCGAAAUAAACACUGUAUAGAAAGUCGUAAUUCACCGCAUGAUUUCUGUGCUGUCGUAUCUUGUUUGACCAUAGGUAACCCCAGCGUAAUAUAAGAUUCUGCAAACUCUUGUAUCAUGCUUGGGUCAUCUGUGGUUUGAUUGACAGAGAAGCAAGGAAUUAUAACAUUCAGGCCCGCCACACAUCAGUUAAUAAUAACACGAAUACUAGAAAAAGUCAACGUACAUAAACAAAUGUUUAUAUAAAUAGUAAGUUUUACAUUCUAAUGGAAAGCGUAAAAUUUAAAAGAUAUAAAAGUCUUAUUUUUCAGACCAAGUGUCCAGCGUUUGAAGAAAAGUUACAGUUCACAUAGUUACAUUAUCUCUUGAACUAUUUAUUUACUAACACCUUUCGCUGGAAAACAAGAGUUCCAGGCUAAAAACUGAAAGAUAACAUAUAGCAAGUAUGCACACUAAAUGUGCAAUUAAAAAUAUGGAAUUAUUUUAAAAUUACUGACAACUGGAUUAUGCGAAAUAAAACUGGCAAGUUUUCAAUC